AUGACGUACGAAUUUGGUGAGGAGUGCAGCGAGCUGGCCAAGGUGGCGCAUCAGACGAGAAACUACGGUGACGCUAUCAGCCUCUACGACUGGGCCCUGACGAUGCGUCGGGAGCGGUACGGUCCCAUUCACGAAAAGUGCGCUGCCACACUGCACAACCUUGGACGCACCUUUCUUGACAUGUGGGAGCCGGGGGCGGCGGAGAACGCCUUGACGGAGGCCGCCGCCAUCUACGAGCAGGUGAAGGGCAAACAGUCCGUACGCUUCGCUGAGAGCCUUGCACUGCUGGCGCUGGCGUACACGCAUUUGAAGUUCCUUGACGAGGCGGAGAAGGCGUUCCGCGACAGCAUUAGUGUUUUUUGCGGCAAGUCGUACAAUCACGCGAAGCAGUCGUGGCUGCCGGAUGACGCGGCGACGGCGGUGACUAUCGAAGAGCCGCAGAAGCAUCCGCUGGCGUCCGCCGCCCAUGCAAUUGCCGACUGUGCUCAGUUGUUUUUGAUGCAGAAUCAGGAACAUCGGGCGAUUGCGUUUCUGGAGGAGGCGCUUGAAAUUCGUCGUUAUCUUUACGCCCGGUACAAUAAGUACCGUCCCAUCAUUGCGCAGACGCUUAACAAGUUGUGUGAGCUCAAAAGGGCGAUCAAUGACGCCACGGGGGGCGGAGAUGUGCAUUGGCGAAUGUCUUGA